AUGCGAACGGCGGUGAAACGGAGCGCGCCGGUGCGCAGUGCUGGUGCACGCAAGCCGAGCCAUGGAAAGGUACCCAUUUCUUCCGCAAGCAAGAGCCGUGCGGCCGCACCUGUAAAGAAAGUGACGCCAUUAGCGCCCAAGCCGAAGAAACGCGUGCGUAUCCACGAAGCGGCGGACAUACUCGAUGCGAAAAAAGCACGCAAAGCAACGGUUGAAUCCGAGGAAGAGGAUGAUGCAACAUUGGAGGGGUUUGAUGAGCCCGAUUCCGACUCCGAAGAUGCGGAAGACGACGUGCUUGCGACGCGCGCAGCGCCGAGCGUCGGGGAGAUUGUGCGCCUGCCAAACAGCCGCGACGACGCGGUCGUCCGCCAGCGCCUCGAUCAGGCCAAGAGCCGGCACGCCGAACGCAGCGAUGGCGAAACCGGUGUUGUGUACAUUGGCCGUCUUCCGCAUGGGUUUUUUGAGACACAGCUCAAGGCCUACUUUUCGCAGUUUGGCGACAUUCGCCGCCUUCGUCUCUCGCGCAACAAAAAGACGGGCCACUCGAAGCACUAUGCGUUUAUUGAGUUUGACGCAAAAGAAGUUGCAGAGAUUGUCGUGGACACAAUGAACAACUACUUGCUGGACGGGCACCUCGUCCAAAUGGCCAUGAUUCCCGAUCGUGACGUGAAUCCAAACAUGUGGAUCGGUGCGAACCGCACCUUCCGCAAGGUGCCGACGGACCGCAUCGAGCGCGUGCGCCGCGCUCGCACACGCACAGCAGCUGAGCGCGAGCGCGUGAACAAGAAGCUUUUGCAGCGCGAGACAAGGCGGCGCGCAAAGCUCGAGCGUUUGGGGAUCGACUACGAUUUCCCUGGAUACCAAACGUAA